AUGGCCGCCACCGAAGUUCAGAACCCGCCGGCUCCUGUCGAGUCGAAGUCGGCCAAGAAGAAGAAGGCCAAGGCCGGCGAGCGCACCGAGUCCCCCGCUCCCACUUCGACUGCGACCCCCGACAAGCCUGCUUCUGUUGCUCCUGGCGAGAACCCGGACGACAUUUCCUUCAACCCUUAUAUCCGCGAUUUGCAAAAGAGCAUUCGCAACCUCACAAAGAAGAUUACCAACUCCUCGAGGAUCGAGGCCAUCAUCAACGAACAUCCUGGCAAGUCUUUGGACGAGCUGGUGGCCAUGAAGGUCAUCAAUGCCGACCAGAAGGCUGCGCACUUGAAGAGGCCCACGCUGCAGGCUCAGUUGUAUCAGCUUGAGGAACAGCUGGCCCAACAUAAGAAGCUUGAUCAAGAGUUCAAGGCUCGCCUUGCGGAGCAGGAGAAGACCCUGACGGAGAAGUUCGAGAAGGAGAAGGCUGAGGCUCUUGCGGAGCUCUCCAAGAAGAAUGAGGAGGAUGUCAAGAAGGCCCUGCACGACAACCUUCUUGUCCUGUCUCAGUUCCUUCGUCUGGCUGCUGCUCGUCGGGCGGAAGACCCCGAAGGCACUUCCGAGGAGAGUGCAGCUCUCGAGGGUGUCCUUCUCCACAUCUACUCGGGUGAUGAGAAUGCGGUAGCCACUAUGCUGAAGCUGGUGCAGGGUUCGGAGGAGCAGACACGUAGCACCAUGGGCGAGCUGCUGCCGACAACCUUUGCCCAGGUUAAGCAGGCUGCUAUUGCCUAUAACGCUUCUCUUGUUCAGACUGAAGCUCCCGCCCAAACCUCCUCUGAGGAGGCUGUAGAGGCCAAGCCCGGGCCCGAGGCGGAGCCAAGCACUGAGGCUGUUCCUGAUGCCCCAGUAGAGGAGACCGCUGCUCCUGUCUUGACCAACGGCCAUGUUCACGAGUCCUCGACGACUAGCACUGAGACGAGCUCCGGUAUUCCCCCCAAUGCAGAGGCUGGGGAUGAGGCUUCCAACGCCGCCGCUGGUCAGAGCCAGUGGGACACUGGCAACGAGGCGGCGACCUCUCAGGAACAGGACGUUAAGGUCCCCCGCGACCCUAGCGAGACCGAGACCGGCGUGAAUGCCACCCCGGCUGCCCCCUCUGCCCCGGCCAACCCACAGAGCUGGGCUGAUGACCACCCUACUGCUGAGUCGACUCAGCAGAAUAAUAACUCUGCUGCCCCUGCUGAUGACGGUUUCCAGUCCGUCCAAGGCCGCAACCGCGGCAACCGUGAGGGUGGUUGGCGCGGUCGCGGUGGCUUCCGCGGCCGUGGUGGCUUCCGUGGUGAUGGCCGUGGCCGCGGUCGUGGCGGCCAGCGCGGUGGCCUCCCUCAGCGUCCUCGCCGUGGCGGUGACGAGCAGCAGUAA